CUCUACUGUCAAAACAGCUUCCGCUUUUUGACAAUCGCCCCUCGGUUUUCCUUUUCAUUUCUUUUUCUCGUAGAAAUGCCACCCAAAAAGCCAACCGAGAAAUCCGCCAAGCCUGGCGAUAAGAAGCCAGAGCAGAAGAAGGCUGCGGCGCCAGCUGCUGCCAAGAAGGAGGCACCAGCUGCUGCUGCCAAGCCCGCGGCUGCUGCUCCCAAGAAGGCGGCUGCUCCUGCCAAGAAGCCAGCUACCGCUGCUGUCAAGAAGCCCACAGCCGUGAAGAAGGUGGCAACCAAGGCCAAGCCAAAGGUCAAGGAUGCCAAAAAGAAGAUCGCUGCCGGCAAGAAGCCACAGUCGGUGCUGGCCAAGCUCUCCGCCAAGGCUCGCGCUGCCGCCAAGGCCAAGAAGGCUAAGGUUGGUGCUAAGCCCGCCAAGGGCACUGCUAAGGCCAAGGCUGUUGCUCUGCUGAACGCCAAGACGGUGCAGAAGAAGAUCAUCAAGGGCGCUUUCGGUACCCGCACCCGCAAGGUUCGCACCAACGUGCACUUCCGUCGUCCCACGACCCUGAAGCUGCCCCGCAACCCCAAGUACCCCAGGAAGUCGGUGCCCACCAGGAACCGCAUGGAUGCUUACAAUAUCAUCAAGUACCCCUUGACCACGGAAGCAGCCAUGAAGAAGAUCGAGGACAACAACACCCUGGUCUUCCUCACACACCUGCGCGCAAACAAGAACCACGUGCGUGCCGCGGUCCGCAAGCUCUAUGACAUCAAGGUGGCCAAGGUGAACGUUCUGAUCAGGCCCGAUGGUCAGAAGAAGGCUUAUGUGCGCCUGGCGCGCGACUACGAUGCUCUGGAUAUUGCCAACAAGAUCGGCAUCAUAUAAACAAGCAAAGUGUGGGGGAACGUGCAUCGCGUUCUACAUUUCUACAUAGAAUUUUUUCUAUAAACAACAUAAUAACUAAGCUGACAGAGCGAGGAUGAACGUUUCUAAGUUGUCGACUGGGUAUAAUAAAAACCACUCAAAAAGAAA